AUGCCGAGACCAGGGAAAUACGUGCGCCUUAACUCUCAUAAUGAAGAAUCCGACUGUAGUGGUGUUGAAUCUGAUGCAUCGUGCCAUCCGAGCCCACAAUCUAGCUUCGAUGAUUUGGACUCCUCGUAUAGCAAUGGGUACACGAACAACUUUGGAACAUCGCGCCGGGAAUCCACUGGUGAAGGAUGCUUAACGAAGCCCAAUCAAUCGUCUGAAGCACGAGCUAAGAAGGGGUUCCAAACACGGAAUGAUGUUACACCAAGUAACACCGAAAUGGUCACAUUAGAAAGCAGUAUCCCAGAUCGCGAGAAAGGCAUUAAUCAGGUCGUUAAUAGUCCACCACAGAACGAUCCAAUCGAGAAAUUUGGAAAUUGGCUUUCCGAAGCACUAGCCGCUUUCCAGAAAGGUCAGAUGCCUCCAGCUUUUACCAACAACUCGCAAAAUGAAUGCGUUCGUCAGAGUUCGUCAUCUCCUCUUGGUCGAGUUCAAAAUAUUCCCGAGGAAACAUCGUCAGUUGCCUCCAAGGUGUCAAACAGCAUUCGCUGGGACCAUGUAAGACGUUUCCCAGAUAACGUGCCCGCGAAUAGGAUGUGGGAAUCAUGGUGUAGAUUUUACCAGAAUUUUGAAAUGGCAGCCUCCCUUGGAAAUGCGAAUUCACCAAAACAAAGAGCACAACUCUUAUACAUCUCGCUCAGCGAGCAACUCCAAGGGAUAGUAAAUGCCUUUUAUUUAAUGCCAAAUUUAGCCGAUCCUUCAUGCUACGAUGAAUUCGUCAAGAAUAUCGAGAGGCAUCUUCUGUCCAUGACGGAUACUUCAGCGGAACACGAUAGCUUCCAAUCUAUGAGACAGGGAAUAGAUGAAUCGGUUGUAACUUUCCAUUCCAGGUUAGUUGAAAAGGUUCGUCUUUGCGGAUACAGCAUCGAAGACCAGCAAAAGUUUGUUCGGACACAGCUUCUAAAAGGGAUCACAAAUCGCGAAGUCGCGAAAUUUGCCAGAAUCAGCGGUUCUGAUGUAAAUUUCAUCGUCCAGUCGGCAACCCGCGAGGAAGCGGCUAAUCUAGAUGCGGGUCCGUCCAACAGUGCGUUUGCAAUCGAUCGUAGGAACAAUCCACCCAGUCGUCAGCCUUUGAAACGAAGCCGUCGCUAUCAAGAAGGGUCCAGAAAUUCUGCUCCUAGGAAUUUUUCUCGGUAUAAUGAAACAUCGGAGCCUAGUCAACGAUCGCGUUGCUCCAAUUGCAAUAAUGUGAACCAUCGUUUUGGCGUUUGUCCUGCUUUCGGUGCGAUUUGUAAACGGUGUGGCAAGAAAAAUCAUUACGCCCGGUGCUGCCCAGACAGAAGACCAAGCACAAUCAAAUCAAUCGAGAAGCCGUAUGAAGUACCUGAAAAAAAAGAAAGCGAACAGAAUGUCUACACCCUAUCGCUCAACGAUGUGUUAGUUGAGUGUAGUCUGGGGUGCUCUGGACCUGUUGAAUUUCUGAUCGAUUCGGGGGCCGACGUGAAUAUCAUUGCGGGAAAAGAUUGGGUUCGCCUUAAAAACGAAAUGGAUCUGAAUCGAGCGGAAUUGCAAAUGAUAGAUCAUUCACGAUUCAGUGAAAUUAAAGCAUAUGCAACCGAGGUACCUUUAGCACUAGAGUGCGCCUUUUCAGCGAUGGUUGACGUCAUUGGGCACCGUAAACCUAAAAUCAGAGCAAAUUUCUUAGUGGUACAGGAGGGUCGUCGUUCAAUCCUUGGACGAGCGUCAGCCAGCGAUCUUAGGCUAUUAGAAGUGGGUACAAUGGUGAACAACUGCGAAUCUCAGCCUAAGUUAGAGAGCUUUCCGAAAAUACCAGGUGUUAAAAUAAGCUUCAGCAUCGAUCGAAACGUGCCCCCUGUAAGGAAUGCAUAUUACAACGUUCCCGCUGCACUUCGAGAUGGCGCUAGGAAAAGGCUUGCUGAAAUGGAAUCCAGAGGAAUCAUCGAGAAAGUAUUGAAGGCCCCUAAGUGGAUAAGCGGCAUGUCAGCAGUGCCCAAGGGAAAAAACGAUUUUCGCCUUGUGGUAAACAUGCGCGCCCCCAACAAGGCAAUCAAUAGAGAAUACUUCCGUCUUCCAUUGCUGGAUGAGAUGAAAGUAAAACUUCAUGGAAGCAAAUUCUUUUCUAAGUUAGAUCUAAGCAAUGCAUUUUAUCACCUCGAAUUGGACGACGAGUCAAGGGAACUGACAACCUUUCUGUCCGAAGGAGGGAUGUAUAGAUUUACGCGCUUAAUGUUUGGGGUCAACUGCGCACCCGAGGUAUUCCAAAAGGAAAUGACCCGUAUUUUGGAAGCAAUACCGAAUGUCAUCGUCUACAUAGACGACAUAUUAAUUUUUGGAACUACACUGCCAGACCUGCGCUCGACAGUAGACAGAGUAUUGGAAGUCUUAGAUAAGAAUAACCUCACCCUCAACCACGAAAAAUGCGAAUUCGAUAAAUCUGAAAUAAAAUUCUUGGGUCAUCUGCUAAACGAAAACGGAUUCCACAUCGACAAUGACAAAGUAAAAAGCAUUCGAGAAUUUCGGGAACCAGCCAGCGCGUCCGAAUUACGCAGCUUUCUUGGAUUGGCAUCAUUUUUAAGCCCACAUAUUAAAAAUUUCUCGGAAAUAUCCCACGAUUUAUGGGCUGUCGCGACCACCAAAACUUGGAGCUGGGGUCCUAUUCAAAUUAAAGCUUUCAAUGAAGUUAAAGACUCCAUAAUAAAAUGCACGACCACCUUGGGUUAUUUCUCCAAUUCUGAUCACACUAUUCUGUACACAGACGCAUCACCCAAUGCGCUAGGCGCGGUGCUAGUGCAAGAAGAUGCGAACAAAGUUGCAAGGGUUAUCAGUUUCGCAUCAAAAGCAUUAACGGAAACCGAAAAAAGGUAUCCCCAGAAUCAGCGCGAAGCCCUAGGUGCUGUUUGGGGAGUCGAGCGGUUCUCCUUCUUCCUUUUUGGACGUCACUUCACGCUUCGUACCGAUGCACAAGGAGUGGCUUUCGUACUCAAUCGUUCGCGAGAAAAUUCAAAAAGAGCGCUAACCCGAGCAGACGGUUGGGCAUUGCGCUUGAGCCCCUAUAGCUACAAGAUCGAGUACAUUAGAGGUCGCGAAAACAUAGCGGAUCCAUCCUCGCGGUUGUAUAAUGGUAAAGACGGCCCUUUCGAAGAGGAUAUAAGUCCAUGGGAAGUAGCAUCGAUUAGCUUCAAUACGUCCGGAUUUUUGACAGAAAGUCAAAUCCGAGAUGCCACUUCUUCUGACGAAAUUCUACGAAAAGUUCUUGUAUCUCUUGAUACCGAAAAUUGGCCUCCCGAGUUGCGUAGCUACGAAGCGAUCGCAGAUGAUUUGUCGGUGCAAAACGGAAUAAUUAUUAAACGUGGUUGUGCUGUCAUCCCGAAGUCAUUACAAAACCUCACAUUGAAUGUUGCCCACAAAGGCCAUCCCAUGGCCUCAAAAAUGCGAAGCAUCUUAAGAGAGAGAGUAUGGUGGCCAGGGAUUACGUCAGACGUUGAAAAAUGGGUACAGACAUGCCAGUUGUGCGCCACAUGCGGAAGGCCAGAGAAACCAACACCAAUGAAGCGAUUGUUUACGCCGAAAAAUGUAUGGCAAACAAUCGCUCUUGAUUUUAACGGCCCUUAUGCCAACAUCGGAGGAAUUUCCAUACUGGUCUGUGUCGAUUAUCGUUCGAGGUAUUUGAUUGCUCGUCCAGUCAAAUCGACUAGUUUUGACCACACGAAAAAGGUCCUAGACGAUAUUUUCAACAAAGAAGGUUUCCCCGAGAAUAUAAAAACUGACAACGGACCUCCAUUCAAUGGGCAGGAGUAUAAAGAUUACUGCACCGAGCGCGGCAUCAACCUUAUUUAUUCCACGCCAUACUACCCACAACAAAACGGUUUGGUAGAAGGGUACAUGAAGAUAAUAAACAAGGCCAUGGCAGCAGCGUUCAGCAAUGGAACAGAUUACAUGGAUGAGCUUCAAGCGGCUGUCCAAGCUCAUAACUCUGCAAAGCACACAGUAACUCAAGUACCCCCGGAAGAAGUGCUGAUGCGGAGGAAGAUAAGACGUCGAUUACCACUCAUGCGACCUGGAAAAGCCAGGUUUAGAGACAAAGCUAUUGAUAAGAGAGAUCGAAACGAAAAACUAAAGGGAAAAGCAUUAGCAGAUUCCCGGAGAAGCGCCAGAAAAUGUCGAGUUAAAGUAGGAGAUAUAGUCAUUUUAGAAAGACCCAUAAAAGCCAAAGGUGAGACUAGAUUCCAUCCUAAUAAGUUUACCGUCAUAGAAGAGCACAAUGGCAAUCUGAUACUGGAAGACAAAGAUGGAACAACCGUGCGGCGACACGUGUCUCAAACGCGGCGCGUUCAUGAAUGGAAAGCGUUCGAACAUAAGUUGCCUGGUACGGAAUACCAGGAAUCAGAAAGCUCAGAUCAAGUUCCGGAGAUACCCAAUUAUAAUCCACAAAUUACGAGAGAGCUGUAG